GAGCUCCUCUCUCUUCUCUCCGCCAAUCCGUCUCUCAUCACCGCAUGUGGCCUGCAACCCUUGACCCUGCCCCCUCUAGUAGAACACAACCCAGACAUUGCUGCAUGUGCGCUUACUCUGCUGCUGGCAUCUCAGCCGGCUUUCGAGUACCUGGAGGUGUUGUCUCAAUUACCCCUCACCCUGCACUCACUCGAGGUGGUGAGCCGAGUGGCAAAGGCCGUUGACUUGCCGCCCGAUUUCAUCCACUCAUACGUCAGCCACUGCAUGCGGUGCUGUGAGGAGACCAAGGAUAAGAGCAUGCAGAAUCGCCUUGUGCGGAUCGUUUGCAUCUUCCUACUGAGUCUCAUCCGCGAUAACAUCAUCAAUG